GUCCAAUCUUACACGCUUGCGUCUGGCGUCAUCGAGCCGCAUGGAGGAAGAAGCGGCGGCGGGAGAAAUACAGACAGUGGACCAGGCUAAAUUUCAGGGCUGGGCCAACGGGAGGCUUUUAAACUCCCGGGGAGGCAGAUCCUAAGAUGCCCCGGGGGAGCCAUGGUGGGGCACAUGGCAGUGGGCAGCAGACUGCACAGGCAAGCUCGUCCCAGGAUCCAGACUCUGACUCAGAUGACCCCAGCUUCUUGCUGACACCUUCAGGAUCACAGAAGCAGCAUGCUGCCCAUCAGCUGACCCCUGCCGCUGUGGACAGAAAGGUGUGUGAGGUGGUUCAAUACAUCCUGAUCAUGGAGCAGAAAAAGGUGCCAGUGAAGCGGAAAGACAUCAUCAAGAACGUGCUGAAGGACUACAGGUCACGGUACUGCGAGAUUAUAAAGAGAGCAGGGCGUAUUUUCAACCAGGUAUUUGGGAUGGAGUUGGUGGAGAUUGACCCCAAGAUCCACGCCUACAUCCUCAUCAACAAGCUGGAGCCUGCCCAAGACGACAGCAUGAACUGGGGCGAUGCCACGGCCAAGAUGGGACUGCUACUGGUCAUCCUCUCCAUCAUCUUCAUGAAGGGCAACGCAGUGAAGGACUCUCUCCUGUGGCACACUCUGAAAAAAUUACGGAUCGAUCCCAGCGAGAAACACCAGGACUUUGGUGACGUGAAGAAGCUGAUCACGGAGGAGUUUGUGAAACAGAAAUACCUGGACUACAGCCGCAUUCCCCACACAGACCCUGCUGAGUACGAGUUCCGAUGGGGGCCCCGUGCUGCCCAGGAAACCUCCAAGAUGAAGGUGCUGGAGUUUGUGGCAAAGAUGCACAGUGAGCAGGAUCCAAAGACAUGGGCCACCCAGUACAAGGAGGCCCAGCUGGAGGCUGCCUCAUCCCAGCCAACCUAAUGGGCAGGCGCAGACAGAAGGGGCAACUGUGGCCCACCAGGCAACAUUCAAAUCCCAACACUACCCCUUGUUCAGACCUGGUUUGUUCUCAUUCCCUCAUUUCCCCGCACCACGAGCGAUCAAACUCUGAUCGGCCACAAGUCUUCCUGACAUCUGUAUAUUUUGUAAAGAAUCUUUGUUCUCUGAGGAAGAUGUCAUAGCAGAUUCCUCACGGCACAGAUGCAUGGCCUUUGUCCGAACAACUUCUUCUAGAUCUCCCACGAUCAUGAUAGAAUUGACAGUGAGAGAUCUUCUCAUCUUGUGUGUUCAGACACUGAGCAGUCCUUGUAUCCAGGAUUAAUGGGUCUGAUACUGAAAAUAAAAAUUCUUUCUUUUUAACUGUG